AGACCUUUUCGGGGCACGCUUGUGCACGAUGGGACAUGACUUGGUCCACAGAUGCUCGGUUCACCACGGCAGCGGCUAGCACAGGUUACGCUAUUCACUGAUUCUUCAGGUGCCUCGUGUCCGAAGCGUCAUUGAUUCUGUGCCUGCCAGUGGGUCAUCGCAUUCGCCAUCGACACGUUGUUGCACGAGUGGAAAAUGUUGUUUGUUUUUCAGAGUGUAUUCAUUCUGCUCACCGUUCGGCACCUAUCUCGCGAUGUCUGUGGCGUUGUAGAGCCCGCGGUUGCUUUGUCAUUGCAAUAUAGAAACAAUAACACCAAGAUAAUCUCGCUGGUUAAAGGUUUCUUGUUGCAACUCCGGGGUGUGCGCUGUCCUCGUGAGACCCAUGUCCUGUCUACUAACAACUUUAAGCACGUGCGUUCAUCACAAGACUCAGUUCUGCCGUGAAUUCAGCUGUAUAUUCACCCAAAAAUGUCCAAACUUAGAAUGCAU